UGAAAAGUCGUAUUCAUAGGUGAGCAUGGAGUUUCAUUGCCCCGCUAGUGCCACAAUAAAAUAAUUAUUCCAAUCGGGUACAUCCUGUUCAUAGUACUGCUUUUCUUACACGAUAAGUUCAAGUUUAUCAGUACGUCGUUUCCUUUGCACAAGAUCGUUUGCUGGUCUUCAAUCACGUCAUUUAUGAACGGGUGGUAAUCUGGAUCAAAAUUCACAUUUUGACUGGAGGUCGAGAUUUGCGAGGCUGCGUCGGUUGCUGAUUUGUCUGAAAGAAAAAGGAGCUUGUCAAAUUUGAUGACUUCUAUCAUACACCAAUCUCAAUGAAAGGAUGUGGUACGUAAUUGUGACGGCCCGAAGUCUAAUAUGGAUGCUUCUGGCGUUAUUUUCAACACUGUUGAUGCUAACCGCACUAUUUAGUCCAUCAUGGCUGGUUGCUUCUCCAGAAACUGUCCUAUUUGGCAACGAAACGAUCGCAUACACGCCUAGCCUUGGUGUAUAUUCGAAAUGCGGCAAACCGAUAGGGUUGAAUCACCCUAUAUGUACCUUAUUGGCUGUAAGGGGAUUUGCUACUGAUUCACAAAUUUUCCCCGACGUUUGGAAAGCUGCCACUGUGUUUUUAGCUUUAGGUUUAUCUAUAACUGCUGUGACUGUAUGCACAGGACUAGUGAGUUGCUGCUUCCAGAGUAUUUUCAAGAAAAGUAUAUUCAACAUAUCCGGUGUGGCACAAGCCAUUGCAGGAAUCAGCUACAUCAUAGGCAUCACCCUAUUCCCAAUGGCAUGGGGUGGUCCUCGAGUGCAAAAAAUGUGCGGCCGCGACAGUACGCCCUUCUAUCCAGGAGAAUGCUCUAUCGGACCUGGACUUUGGAUGGCAGCUGCCAGCACCGCUCUGACGUUUGUCUGUGCGUGCCUUUCGUUGCCUGCUGACAAAUCUACUAGUAGUGAUAGGGUCCAGGACAAGAUUUACGAAGGCCAAACGCUCAUUUGUCUCACGUAAAUUCAUGGGAACUUCUUCCGCAUAAGCUUUGAUGCUUGGGAACAACGAGGUGUCGUACUCUGAAGGCUGAAAGGUGAGCUUCGGGAAAUGCCGUGCGAAAAAAGCGGCAUGCUGACCAGUUCCUGAAGAAAUCUCGAGCACGUCGCCUUCGACGUUCUUUAAGUGUUUCUUCAGAACUUCUAGGAUCGGAGUUUUGUUUCGUUCAGCGGCCGGGUAACUAAUUUUUUGACUGAAAUUUGGAAAAUAUCGAGAAUUAACUGGCGAAACUGAAAAAAUUGUCCGAUCAAGUAUGCAUUUUAUAGUGGCCUCAAAAAAAAUACUCACGCCUAUCAGCAAAUUAGCUAAUAUAAAAAUAUUAUUUUUGAAUCGCAUGUGAUAUACAGGGUUAUCCAAAUUAAGUGUCCACCAUUAGUAACUUUGUUAUUAGUGAAAAUACAAAGUUGUUUGAAUUAGCAAACUAGUAGCAUUUUUAACGC